AUCUUGACAAUUUUUAUUUCUAGAGAAAACAACAAUUCCUCUCAUUGAUCAUAUAAAUAGAUGACUUAGAGUUAGAACAAUCACAAUGAAUUUUUAAAACUAGCUCAAAUGUCUUUCUCUUCAGGUUGAUCAUCAACCUGUGUUUGUUUUUGGUUGGUUUCGUCAGUAGCUCUCUCACUUCACUCACAAAGUGAAACCAGUUACAAAACCAGGGGUACUUGAUAUUUUUGUAUUUACAGCUAUAUCAUUGUAUCUAUCAUACACUUUAAUUAUUUUAAUUUUAUGUUUUAGUUAAUUACUAUAUACUUUUAUUGUUAGUUACAUCACCUUUUUCGUAUGUAGUAUGAAUGGAUACCAUUCUAACAUGUAAGUGAUAAAAAGAAGAAGAAGAGAAGACGGUGAAAGUGUGAAUUAGGAGGAGCUGCUGAUGGCCUCACGCAGAGAGAUUUUUAGCUUUUCUGGUCCCCCUCCAAUUCCCUCUUUUGACUGGAACAAUUUGUACCACCGAGCGUCAUUGGUAUCAUGUUUAGUGCAAGGAGUGUACACAAUGGAACGAGAUAGGCAACAAAACCGGUGUGGUUCUGACUCAAAAGCUAGACCUUGGUGGGCGUUUUACAGGUUCACUUUAUACCAACAACUUAGGGACGCAUUAGAUGGCUCCAUAUACGGGGCCGUUUUCCAGAACGACAUCAAUUACCAGAAUACUCCCAACUCGAUAGUACCUCCACGUUACAUUAUUGCGUUACGUGGAACGAUCUUAAGCCCACAAACUAUGGCUUGUGAUGUUCAGCUUAACAUUCGUAUCGCCUUCGAGAACCUCUACCGCGGGGGUAGAUUUGUGCAGGCCAUUCAAGCAAUGCAAUAUUUUGUGGCCACAUAUGGAAACACAGCUAUCUGGAUCGCUGGACACUCUCUAGGAGCUGGCCUUGCACUACUCGCGGGGAAGAUCAUGGCCAUGUAUGGAUGCCCUGUCGAGGCUUACAUCUUCAAUCCACCUAUCUCCUUGAUUCCUCUAGAGCAGCUAGUGGAGAGUGAGGAUCUUAAAUGUGCGGUCCGACUCGCUAGGGAUAUCCUCAAAGCCGGCAUAGCAAGAGUCCUAGACCUUAAUGAGGGUCACGAAAGCCAUCUAUUUAUGAAUCUAGCUUCCUGGAGACCUCAUUUGUUUGUGAACCAAUCAGAUCCAAUCUGCUCAGAAUAUAUUGGCUAUUUCAAUCAUAGAGGCGAUAUGAAUGAGCUGCAACUGGGUAGGAUCGAGAGGUUGGCUAGAUACUCAAUUAGGAGAAUAUUGUUCGGAGGAGGAGAAAGUUCGUCGUCGUAUUCUUCAGAAGAACAUCUUCAUUUUCUUCCGUCGGCCAUCGUGAUGGUGAACACAAUCAUAUCACCGGAUUUUCAGACAGAUCAUGGGAUUCAUCAAUGGUGGAAUCCUAUGCUUGGACAGUUUUCAUACCAAAUUAUAGCAUGACUUGCGCUUAAUUUCAUCGCUUCAGUUAUUUUCUUUUCAGUUGAAUCUUCUAUACAAAUAUUGUAAGGUUUUUUUGCUUCAUGUCACAUCAAACUUUUUUUCAGCAUUUUAUUUUCAAUUGGAUUACUUCCCGAAUAUACUUUAUUUGAUUAACAUUAUUCUUCUAU